AUGAAAAGAGUCGCCCUAACAGCCCAAAAGGGCGUCCAGCCAAAGGGUUCAAUCUGUCAGUUGUGUCAAUUCUCGACUUCAGCUCGUCGCGGUCUCCCUUUCGCACGAUCAACACCCGAGAGUCGAUCCCCGGCUUCCAAUCUCCGUCUACAGGCGUCGAAGCGCAGCAGCCGGUUGACUGUGAACUCUCCCUUACUCAAUGCGCGCCGAUAUGCCUCCGCUGCAUCCGAGAUGAGCCCAAAGGCGGCAAUUAAAGCUAUUGAGCAGGAUGCAGCUGCCUUGCACAAAUCGGACGCAGUGCCUGCCAAUGAGGUAGUGUUAGAAUUGCUACAAAGAUGCCAACGAGUUGCCGAAUCCCUGGUCUCGCCAUCAUAUUUAGGCGAGGGUUCAUCAACCGGCAAGGGUAAUGCGAUAUCCUCCCUAUUGGACCUGGAGGAGAAGGAAAAUGCUGUAAAGAGCAAAGGCCAGGCGCAAUCCUCACAGCAGCCAGACCCGCAAUUAGCAGACUCAAUCUCCCAUAUUUCCAAUUCCCUUCUAAAGGAUGAAAAGGUCUUCAUCUCACCUGAAGCCCUGGAGUGCUACACCGAGACACAGACCCUCCUACGCCGGGCCGAGCACUUCCCCGAGAUCUUCCACCUCUACGCCAACAAACCUGUGCCAGAAGAGAACAGCUCCCCAGUGAAGUUGAUCCAGGCCAAACCGAAGAGUGUCAACAGCGCAAUCCCCGCCGAGCUGGCCAACAAAGCCCUAGAAGUUGCCAUUGCGCAGAAGAACUUGUCACUAGUAUUAGCCAUCAUCGACAACACCUUCUGCGCACCAGCCUUCCACCGCGCAAAGGUCUUCAAGAAAGCAGGUGUCCCCUUGGCUGGUCUGGCCGCUGCUCCAGCUGCAUGCUACGCCGUGGCCUCAUGGGCAGCAACCUUCCAAAACACAAUGGACCCGAACGUCGCGACUGGAAUCGCGUUCGCUGCAACGCUGGCUUAUGUCGGUGGUACAUCGUCCAUGGGUAUUUUGGCCAUUACCACAGCCAAUGAUCAGAUGGAGCGUGUUGUAUGGAUUCCUGGUAUUCCUCUGCGGCAACGGUGGUUGCGUGAGGAGGAACGCGCUGCUAUGGAUAGAGUUGCUGUUGCGUGGGGGUUCAAGGAUCCUUAUAUGCGUGGUGAAGAGGUGGGCGAGGAGUGGGAGAGUCUACGUGAGUUUAUUGGUAUGCGCGGCAUGAUUCUAGAUAAGACGGAACUCAUGGAGGGUAUGGAGUGA